ACUCUGGUUGUAACCGUUGCUAGAAACGGUUGUCUUUUAGUGAUCCCAACUGAGAAAAGUUAUAUAAGUCCGAAAAUUGAGUCUAAUCAGGAAGAACCUGCGGCUGCGGAAUCAGCUGAAGAACAGCCGAUCCAAGAUGCGGAACCGGCCCAAGAGGAAGCAGUAGCCGAAACGGUACCGGAUCCUGAGCCAGCAGCGGAAACUGCUCCUGUCGCGGAACCAGAACCCCCAGCAGGACCUCCGGAAAUUGCCGUUGAAGAGGCUGCUGGAGAGUCUGGAGGAGAGAACCUGGAUAACGACGAUGGAGAAAAUGACGACGAGGAAGAGCAUGAGCACGCCCAUGAAGGUGUUCAUGAAACCGAAGAAGAGGAUGAACCCGAAGAGGAAAUAUCCGAAGAAGACUUGCUGCAGCGUCGUCGGGAGGAAUGCGAGCGAAAGGCCCGCCGAGGGGAGAUGGACCCCAGGUUGGAGUUCACCUUCCAGCUGCUGAUGGACGCCACCGGAUUGCCUCGGCAUCAGAUUAUGGAUCACAUCUUCGAGGGAAACAUGCUUGACGAGAUCAACCAGCUCUUCCUCCCAAAUAUGCGCAACAAGCUGAUGUGGUUCUACCAGGAGGUGGACGAGGUCGAUCAGCCCGCCGAACGAGACAUCAGCAAGCCCGGUCCUUCGAGGGCGGGAGCUUCCAGUUCGUCAAAAACACCGCAAGGUGCAUCGGGAGCGGCCCACCACAAGCAGCACAAACUGUUCAUCACUGAUGGGUGGAGCUGUGCCUUCACCGGAAUCUGUAUCUACAUGUUCCGCAUCAACAUCCAGAAGCAACUACCGGAGGAAGGUUUCCACAAGGACUUGUACUGCGGCUACAUAGACGCUCACCGCGUCGGCCUGGUGACAUCGAUCGAGCGCAUUGUCGAGCACGUUUUCAUGCAAGCUCUAGCCUAUCCCAACAUCGAAUCCGAAGAUGAGGAAAUGAGCUGUAAUCUGAUCAAAUCCCAACUCCUGCCUGGAUUGCGCUCAUUCUGCAGUGCACUGCGCGUUUGCGAGCAAGUCUGCAAUCAUUUUAACGUGUUUGAUGAUGGGAAGACGAUUGUCUGUCGCGUCGAUACCCUGGCGGAGGUUAGAGAAAUGUCAAAAAGUGCGUCCACCUGUGCAGAGCUGGAGGAACGGGUCAACAACUGGAUCAAGGGCAUUGCCAAGAUCCUGAUGGAAAGCGAACAACUUCGUCGGGAGAACGAUUCAAGUGGACCCCAAGAUGAGCUGGAAUACUGGAAGCGCCGAGGAGCUCAGUUCUCUCAACUAUUGUCCCAUCUGCAGGAACGCGAAGUUCAGUGGACGUUGUACUGCCUGUCGCAGUCUGGCUCAAAAGUGUUGAAGCAAUGGAAAGAGACCGACAAGAAAAUUACGUUCUGCUACAAUGAAGCUCGCGAUAAUUCGAAGUUUAUUCAAGCUAUGGAGGCUUGUUGUCACUCGCUUUACCUAGACGAUCCCGUUAACAUGAAGGAGUCGAUCGUAAGCCUCCUGCAAACCGUUAGAUUGAUCUACAGUGUGUCGCAAUUCUACAACACUUCUGAGCGUACGUCCACGCUGAUGGUGAAGAUCACCAACCAAAUGAUCGAAACUUGCAAGUCUUACAUCACAUGCCGAGGCAAAGAAACGAUCUGGACCCAGGACCGGGAUUUAGUUCGCACCAAACUCACCAAUUGUUUGAAGUUGAAUCACAUCUACAGGGAAACCUAUCACGCAGUGAAAUCUCAGCCGUUCCUCCCGGAUCAAAUACCCUUUGCCUUCUCGGAAAACUACGUCUUUGGAAAAUUUGACACAUUCUGCGAUCGUCUAUCGAAGAUAAUUGCCAUGUUUAAUUUGAUCGAUGACUACAACCACCUGUUUGAGAGACGCCUCGAAGGGUUGCUCUUGGGCGAAGCUCUAGAAGACGCCAUGAACACCUUCGACGAAGCUCGGGUUGAGAUCAUCAUGAAGAAGUACGACUACCUUGACCAACGCAACGUGGACUUCAACAAUGACUUCCAAAUCUUUAUGCAAAAAACUGACACCUUGAAGGAAACGAUCGCAUCCAUGAUUGAGCACAACUUCGACAGCGUAUGGGAAACACCCCAAGGAAUCCGGUUUUUGGUUCGCUUCGAGAAAGUCAGCGAGAAGAUUCCCCUCAGCACUAUGGACGAAAAGUACCAACGAGUGUCCAAGUAUUGCGAGAAGGAAAUCGAUCGCAUAUUGAAGCUUUAUCGCAAGCAACGGGAUGAUCCACCAUUGCCCAGAAACUUCCCACCAAUAGCCGGACGGAUUAAGUGGUGUCGUUCGUUGGAGUACCAUUUGGAAGAGUUGGUCACUACGGUGACUACUCAUCCGGUACUAGCCGCGCUCCCCACCACGAAAGAUAUCGAGAAUCGUUACAGCUCGGCCAAGGUCAUCUUGGCGGAGUAUGAACAGGAGAUGACCCAGAUUUGGCUCAGUCAGGAUGUUAGUGUGGCGGAUGCCUGUCUGGUACAGCCAAUAUUGGCUCUACAAGGCGACAGACUGGUCGUCAAUUUACAUCCUACUAUACCGCUGCUGAUACGUGAAAGUAAGUGCAUGGCGAAGAUGAAGAUCGAUUUACCGAUCGUUGCGGCCACGUUGCUCUGCAAGCAGACACACUUCAACACCAUACAGGAUUCACUGAAUAGUCUUAUAAAAAUGUUUUUGAACACCAUAAAGAAGGUUAAGUUGGAGGUUAGACCUUUGUUGCUACCGCAACUCGUACGUUUGACAGCUAUGCUGAAGCCGGGACUUAAAUCCAUUAACUGGACCAGUCCCAGGUGGAUCGAGUUCUACGACAAUUGUAAGGAAGCCAUCGAAAUGUUCGAUGUACUGGUGGCACGUGUCCACGAUAUCUACUCCAAUCGCAUCCUGCACGUGCUGACAUCCAUGCAGGACAUCCAACUGCAAUCGCUCCCCAAUGACGAUGAAAUGUGGGCGGUGGAUGAGUUUCUAGAAAAUACGGAAGAAACAUGCCGUCAGGCGGCCACCGAACUUAAUCGCAAGAGUCAAAUGGUUGAGGAGGCAGUCGAAGAAGUCUUGGAUUUAGUGCAUCGUGCUUCUCAGAUUUUCAAACGAAUGGUCGGUGCAGAAAAUGACUUUUUCGUUGAUGAAGACAAAAAACCAUCGGAGAAGUCAUCCCCAACUCCGGAGGGAGACAAUGAUGACGGAAGCGGCCAACAGCAGGAUUGGAGCAUCCUUUGGUCCUGCUUCGAGAACCCAUUGCAGCUACUGUCCCACCACGGUGGGGGCCUUCCGAAAGGAAUGCAAGACAUGGUAUUCAAUGCUGUCUCGGAGAUGCGGCGCUAUUACAGUCGCAAGGUGAUCGAUGUCCUCAUACGUGUGACCCGAACUUCUCUGGACUGCCUGAGGCGACGGUUCAUCGAGAUCGAAGGCGAAGAUCAACCGCGCAAACCGAUCUUCAUUCUCCAGUCCUUGCUGAUGAUACCGAACGUGACCAUCAGACCGAACCUAGAAGAGCUGCAGGAUGCGUUGACGAUUGCCGGUAAACAGAUAACCGGUGUCUCCAAGGGUGUCGCACAGUGGAACACCGGCAAGGAUAUCGACGAUAAGCCAAGGCCUUCGGCUGCCGCUCUUGCUUCGGCUGCUACGGCGGCAAAGUUGGCAAAAGCCAGCGCCGCUACGCUGGAUGACAAGUCUCGGCGGCGCAAAAUGUACCGAUUGCAGUCGGAGGAGAAACCGAAGAUGAUACACAUGACGAAAAGUUUCUACAGCUACGUGAUGGACAACAAGGAAGUGGUGAAGACACUGUCGCUGCUGUCUAGCUGCAUCCGAAACAUGAAGCCGGAGCUACACCAGUUUGUGGACAAGUGGAAGCCGUAUCACUUUUUGUGGAAGAACGAUAAAACUAUCCGACAGCUGUUGGAGUGUUCCCUGUUUGAGUUUGAAAGCACGCUUCGUCAGCUGGUAGACUUGGAAAUGAACCUACUGGUGGAGAAGGAUAUGCAAUACUUUGGACAAAGUAUUGCUCUAUCUACGGAGAAGCUGAAGUUCGGGUUAUCUAUUGAAAUAAAGUCUUGCACUCACAAACUGGGACAGGCGAUGAAGAAAAAGUACAAACGCGAAAUGGACUACGUGUACGCGGUCAUCAACGAGAUGGACCGCAAGCUGGACCGGCAGAUCCGCGAUCUGGACGACGUUCGCACCGUGAUGGACACACUGAGCAAGAUCCGCGAGCAGGAGGUCGAUAUGGAGCUGAAGAUUGAACCGAUCGAGGAAGCAUUCAACAUGAUGCACAAGUAUGAGAUAGCAGUCGAUCGCGAGCAAAUGGACCAGGUUGACAAUCUGCGCUACACUUGGGUGCGCUUGCAGUCCCGUGCCAAAGAGGUACACUGCAAACUGCUUGAGAUGCAACCAGAUUUCCAAAACGACCUGCGCGCCAAUUUGGAGAGAUUUAAGCAGGACAAGAUUGAGUACGUUGCCGAGUACAGGGUGUCCGGCCCCAUGGAACCGGGCCUGACGCCGCGCGAAGCAUCCGACAAGUUGUUGCUCUUCCAAAAUCGAUUCGACGGCAUGUGGAGAAAGCUCCAGACUUAUCAGAGUGGCGAGGAACUGUUUGGUUUACCUCAAUCAGACUAUCCUGAACUUGGCCAGAUCAAGAAGGAGCUGAACUUGCUACAGAAGUUGUACAAGCUUUACAACGAUGUCAUUGAUCGGGUCAGCAGCUACUAUGAUAUUCCUUGGAGUGAUGUCGACAUCGAAGAGAUCAACAACGAACUGAUGGAGUUCCAGAAUCGUUGCCGCAAGCUACCAAAGGGCCUGAAGGAGUGGCCCGCCUUUUACGCCCUCAAACGAACAAUUGAUGACUUCAAUGACAUGUGUCCAUUGCUUGAGCUUAUGGCAAAUCGAGCGAUGAAACCACGUCAUUGGCAGAGAAUCAUGGAGGUGACAAAGUAUACCUUCGAGUUUGACAGCGAAGGUUUUACGCUGAAGCACAUUCUGGAAGCGCCUCUACUAAAGCACAAGGAAGACAUCGAAGAUAUCUGUAUAUCGGCAAUGAAGGAGAAAGAUAUCGAAGCGAAACUAAAGCAGGUCACAAACGAAUGGUCCGCUCACGAGCUCAGCUUUAUGACCUUCAACAACAGAGGCGAGCUGUUGCUGCGCGGUGACACAACCGCUGAAACUAUCGGUCAACUUGAAGACAGCCUUAUGGUGCUGAGCUCACUUCUCUCCAAUCGAUACAACGCACCAUUCCGCAAGCAGAUCCAACAAUGGGUCUACGAUUUGUCCAACUCGAAUGACAUUCUCGAGAGAUGGUUGCUGGUGCAGAAUAUGUGGGUCUACCUGGAAGCUGUCUUUGUCGGAGGCGACAUUGCGAAGCAGCUACCAAAAGAAGCGAAACGUUUCUCCAAGAUUGAUAAGUCUUGGCAAAAGAUUAUGCAACGCGCCCAUGAAACUCCGGGUGUAGUUGCCUGCUGUGUGGGUGAUGAUUUGCUAAAACAACUAUUACCACAUCUACAAGAACAACUUGAACUAUGUCAGAAAUCCCUGAGCGGUUACCUGGAGAAGAAACGUAUGAUGUUCCCGAGAUUUUUCUUCGUAUCCGAUCCAGCUUUGCUGGAGAUUCUCGGACAAGCGUCCGAUUCUCACACUAUACAAAAUCAUCUACUGUCCAUUUUUGACAAUACUAGAUACGUGAAAUUCCAUGACAUCGAGUACAACAAAAUGAUGGCGAUCAUUUCCUCAGAAGGCGAGAUGAUUCCGCUGGAUCGAGCUAUUCGAGCAGAAGGUUCAGUCGAGACGUGGCUAACGUCAUUGCUGCAGUCUAUGCAACAAUCGCUUCACUCUAUCAUUCGACAGGCGUACCAUCUGAUGAACGAUCCCAACUUUACUCUGCUAUCGUUCCUGGAGAAGUUACCCGCACAAGUUGGGCUGCUAGGCAUUCAGAUGAUUUGGACCAGAGAUGCGGAGAUGGCGCUGAUGCAAGCGCGCCACGAGAAGAAGGUUAUGUCCGAGACGAACAACAAAUUUUUAGAACUGUUGAACACAUUGAUCGAUCAGACUACACGAGAUUUGACAAAGAUUGAACGAACAAAGUUUGAAACCUUGAUUACGAUUCACGUCCACCAGCGGGACAUAUUCGAUAUUUUGUGCCGGAUGAACAUCCGUUCGGCAAAUGACUUCGAGUGGUUGAAACAAUGCCGUUUCUAUUUCAAGGAAGAUGUCGAUAAAACAUGGAUUAACAUAACAGACGUGACAUUCAUCUAUCAGAAUGAGUACUUGGGAUGUACCGAUCGGCUGGUAAUUACACCAUUGACUGAUCGUUGCUAUAUUACUUUGGCUCAAGCCUUGGCUCUGAGCAUGGGAGGAAGUCCUUGUGGUCCUGCAGGUACUGGUAAGACCGAAACCGUCAAGGAUAUGGGAAAAACGCUGGCCAAAUAUGUAGUCGUGUUUAACUGUUCGGAUCAAAUGGACUACAGAGGUUUGGGACGAAUCUACAAAGGUUUGGCGCAAUCCGGAUCUUGGGGUUGCUUCGACGAGUUCAAUCGUAUUGAACUUCCAGUCCUGUCCGUCGCAGCCCAACAGGUGGCAGUUAUCCUCACUGCCAAGAAGGAGAAAAAGAAACGGUUCAUAUUCACCGACGGAGACGACAUCGAGAUGAACUCAGAGUUUGGUGUGUUCAUCACCAUGAAUCCCGGCUAUGCAGGCCGUAAGGAAUUGCCAGAGAACUUGAAAAUUCAGUUCAGAACCGUUGCAAUGAUGGUACCGGAUCGUCAAAUCAUCAUCCGCGUGAAGCUUGCCUCCUGCGGUUUCCUUGAGAAUAUCACGCUUGCCAGGAAGUUCUAUACCUUGUAUAAGUUGUGCGAGGAGCAGCUGACCAAACAGGUUCAUUAUGAUUUCGGUUUACGAAAUAUUCUGUCGGUUCUCAGAACUCUGGGAGCCGCCAAACGUGUGAAUCACAAGGACAGCGAAAGCACCAUUGUGAUGCGAGUCCUUCGUGACAUGAACCUGUCAAAGUUAAUUGAUGAAGAUGAACCUCUAUUUAUGUCUCUGGUUGCGGAUCUUUUCCCCAACCAGACGUUAGAGAAAACAUGCUACGGGGAGCUGGAGGCAGCUAUUCAGUUACGCGUUGAACAAGCGGGACUUAUCUACCAUCCUCCAUGGGUAUUGAAGCUGAUUCAACUGUACGAAACUCAGCAAGUUCGCCAUGGAAUUAUGACCCUGGGACCCCCAGGAGCAGGCAAAACCUGCUGCAUAAGAAUCUUGAUGAAGUCCCUGACUGACAUCGGGCUUAUUCACAAGGAAAUGCGCAUGAAUCCGAAGGCGAUUACAGCCGCACAAAUGUUCGGCAGGUUGGACGUAGCCACGAACGAUUGGACCGAUGGUAUCUUCUCGGCCCUCUGGCGGAAAACGUUGAAAGUGAAGAAAGGCGAACACACGUGGCUCGUACUCGAUGGACCGGUCGAUAGUAUUUGGAUCGAAAACUUGAACUCGGUGUUGGACGACAACAAAACCCUAACGUUGGCCAACGGGGAUCGUCUUUCGAUGGCACCGACCUGCAAGAUCAUUUUUGAACCGCACAACAUCGAUAACGCAUCGCCGGCUACCGUAUCCCGGAACGGUAUGGUUUACAUGAGUUCGUCAGGUUUGGACUGGAAACCGAUACUUCAAGCGUGGUUGAGAACCCGUAGCCCGUUGGAAAAGAAAGUUUUUAACGAACUGUUCGAUGGGUCGUUCCUCAAAAUCUACACCUGGGUCACGCAAAAUCUGAUGCUGAUGAUGGAUGUACUUCAGUGCAAUUUUAUUCAACAGAUGAUCUACAUUCUGGAUGGAUUGGUACCUGUGACAGGGGAAAACGAGCAGGAGGUGGCACUGUCUACCACCGGAAGUUUAGACGACGACAUGAACGACGACGAAGCACCGAAGCCGAAGGAUGAAGCCUGCACCCCGGAGCACUUGAAUCGAUUGUACGUAUUUGCCAUUGCGUGGGGUAUUGGAGCGUACCUCAACUCUGCGGACCGCCUAAAGUUGGACGCACACGUCAAGGCCAAGUAUCGCAAUCUGGAUUUUCCCACCGCCGAGGAGAAGCCAGAUUCGUCGAUAUACGAUUAUUUUGUGUCGGCAACGGGCAGUUGGCAGUUGUGGAAAACUCUGGUGACGCCCUACGUAUAUCCGGAGCACUCGACUCCGGAUUAUUUGAGCAUUUUGAUCCCGAUUGUGGACAACGUACGCAUCGACUACCUGAUCAACGUGAUUGUCAAGCAGGAGAAGGCCGUACUGCUGAUUGGAGAGCAGGGCACAGCUAAGACGGUUAUGAUGAAGAGCUUCAUGAAGAAGCUGAACACGGAAACGCACAUGGGACGAUCGUUCAACUUUUCAUCCGCUACCAGUCCGUACCACUUUCAGAAGACCAUUGAAAGCUACGUGGAGAAACGGUUGGGCAAUAUGUUUGGACCCGGAGGCGGUCGCAAACUUCUGGUAUUUAUUGACGAUAUCAAUAUGCCUCAGAUUAACGAAUGGGGCGACCAGAUUACGAACGAAAUCGUCAGACAAACCAUGGAUAUGCGAGGUUUCUACAGUCUUGAGAAGCCAGGAGAAUUUACCAAUAUCGUGGACGUCCAGUUUGCCGGGGCAAUGGGUUUACCCGGAGGGGGUCGAAACGACAUACCAGCCCGCUUAAAACGACAGUUUAGCGUGUUUAAUUGUAACAUUCCAGAUAAUACGUCGAUAGAUACGAUCUUUAGAACACUCGGCGAAGGACACUACAACGUAAAGCGAGGAUUUUCGAUGGAGGUGCGAAAGCUUGUUAAACGGCUAGUGCCACUUACUCGAGUUCUAUGGCAGCGUACAAGAGAACAACUACUACCAACUCCUGCAAAAUUCCACUACAUAUUUAGCUUGAGAGACCUUUCGCGGAUAUGGCAAGGAAUGAUUGGCACUUUGUCAACGGUGAUCACAUGCGAAUCGGUUUUGAUCCUACUAUGGAAGAACGAAUGCACCCGGGUGUUUGCUGAUCGUUUUGUAUCGAUGUCUGACACGGAAUGGUUCCUGGAACAGAUGCUUCAAGUGCUAGAAACAGAUAUCGGGCCCGAGUAUAGAGAGAUGGCCGGACCAAGUCCGGUAUUCGUCGAUUUUAUGCGAGACGCUCCGGAACCAACCGGAGAGGAAGGCGAAGAAACAGAUAUGGAAUUGCCGAAGGUUUACGAGCCAGUGUCAGAUUUUAGUAUUCUGCGAGAACGUCUUAAAAUGUUUCUACUACAGUUCAAUGAAAUGAUUCGUGGAACUGGGAUGGACUUGGUAUUCUUCCCAGAUGCAAUGCUACACUUGGUGAAAAUAUCGAGAAUCAUCCGUCACCCAAGGGGAAACGUAAUGCUGGUAGGCGUCGGCGGAUCUGGAAAACAGUCGCUUACUAAGCUCGCUUCGUUCAUCGCUGGAUAUAAAACCUUCCAGAUCAGUUUAACACGCUCCUAUAACGUAGCAAACUUCCUUGAAGAUUUAAAGCUACUGUACCGCUCAUGCGGAGUACAGGGCAAAGGAACGACGUUCCUAUUCACCGACAUGGAUGUCAAGGAGGAAAGUUUCCUUGAAUAUCUGAACAACAUCCUGUCAUCGGGAGUAAUAUCGAACUUGUUCAAUCGAGACGAACAGACCGAGAUUGUAUCUGAACUUACCCCGACCAUGAAGCGGGAGAACCAGAAGAAGAACGUGACACAAGAAACGGUUAUGGAAUAUUUCCUACAGCGUGUCUGUCACCAUCUUCAUGUGGUAUUCUGCUUUUCACCUGUCGGCGAGACAUUCCGACGCAGAAUUAUGCGGUUUCCUGCAUUGGUAUCAGGUUGCACAGUCGACUGGUUCCAACCUUGGCCGAAAGAUGCGUUGGUGGCCGUCGCUCGACACUUCCUAACAGAUUUUUCGAUCGAAUGCACCCCCGAGGUGAAGGACGAGCUGGUGAGUGCGCUUGGGACAAUACAAGACGUGGUGUCACAGACUUCUCUUGAGUACUACCAAAGAUUCCGGCGUGCAACGCACGUAACACCCAAGUCGUACCUGAACUUUAUAGCAGGUUACAAGAACAUCUACACACAGAAACACAAGGAGUUAUGCGACGGAGCGGAGAAGAUGGAUACUGGUCUGGAAAAACUGGCCGAAGCUUCCGAGUCAGUCGAAAUUCUGAAACAAGAGCUCGCAGUAAUGGAAAAAGAUUUGGUGGAGGCUUCCGCCAAAGCCGAGCGCGUAUUGGUUGAGGUGACAGAGCGAGCCAUGCAGGCCGAGGUCUUCAAGAAUCAAGUACAGGUGGUGAAAGAAAAGGCUGAAGCCUUGGUACAAAACAUUGCUGCUGAAAAGGGUUUUGCCGAAGAAAAACUGGAAGCAGCCAAGCCUGCACUAGAAGAGGCAGAAGCAGCUCUCAAUACCAUCAAGCCAGCUCACAUAGCCACAGUUCGAAAGCUUGGUAGACCACCUCAUUUGAUUAUGCGUAUCAUGGACUGCGUAUUGAUAAUGUUUCAACGUAAGCUGCAUCCAGUGAUUGCAGACACGAGUGCGCCAUCACCUAAGCCAUCGUGGCAGGAGUCUUUAAAGAUGAUGGCUAGUACAACUUUUCUACUGCAAUUGCAGAACUAUCCGAAAGAUACUAUCAACGACGAAAUGAUCGAGCACCUGCAGCCGUACUUCCGAAUGGAGGACUACAACAUGGACACAGCCAGAAGGGUGUGUGGCGACGUCGCAGGAUUGUUAUCCUGGACCAAAGCUAUGGCAUUCUUCCAUGGGGUGAACAAGGAAGUACUGCCGCUGAAGGCAAACCUGAUGUUGCAGGAAGCUCGUUUGAAGAUUGCCAUGGACGAUUUGUCUGCAGCCGAGAACCAACUGGCUGAGCGUGAAGCUGCCCUGCAGAAAGUCAAAGAUCAAUACGACGCCGCCGUUUCCGAGAAACAACGGUUGACGGAUGCUGCAAAUAGUUGUCUGCGUAAAAUGACGGCAGCCACUGCUCUGAUCAACGGUUUGGGCGGAGAGAAAACCCGCUGGACGCAGCAGAGCAAAGAGUUCAAAAUUCAACUCGGCAAACUCGUUGGAGAUGUUCUGCUAGCAACAGGAUUCUUAUCAUACUGUGGCCCAUAUAACCAGGAGUUCCGUGGAACUCUGUUCAAGACGUGGAUGAACAUCUUAAGAACUCGAACCAUACCGUAUACGACAGGACUAAGUAUCAUCGGAAUGUUGACGGACUCUGCCACCAUAUCCGAGUGGAAUCUCCAGGGUCUACCGAACGAUGAACUUUCCAUUCAAAAUGCUUUGAUUGUAACUAAAUCAAGCAGUUACCCGCUAUUGAUUGACCCCCAGAGCCAGGGAAAGAUUUGGAUCAAAUGUAAGGAAGAUCAGAAUGAAUUGCAAAUCACGUCGCUGAAUCACAAAUACUUCAGAACCCAUUUGGAGGACAGUUUGUCCCUUGGACGUCCACUGUUAAUAGAAGAUGUUGGAAUUGAGCUGGACCCCGUCAUUGACAAUGUGUUGGAGAAGAACUUCAUCAAAUCUGGAUCCAUGGAGAAAGUGCUCGUCGGUGAUAAGGAGUGUGAUGUGAUGCCAGGUUUCAUGUUGUAUAUCACCACCAAAUUACCAAAUCCUGCUUUUAGCCCCGAGAUCAGUUCCAAAACAUCCAUUAUUGAUUUCACUGUAACGAUGCGUGGCUUGGAGGACCAGCUGCUCGGUCGCGUAAUACUGAUGGAGAAGGCCGAUCUGGAAUCGGAACGAGUGCAACUUUUCGAAAGCGUUAUGAAGAACCAACGCAGCAUGAAAGAGCUGGAAGCCAAUUUACUUCUCCGUCUAACGUCUACCGAGGGAUCCCUGGUAGAUGACGAAGCGCUUAUUGAAGUGCUGCAAGAAACGAAAACUACCGCCGAAGACGUGAACCAGAAGUUGAAGAUCGCCGAAGUAACGGAGAAAAAGAUUAUGAUUGCCCGAGAGGAGUUCCGUGCGGUAGCUGCCCGCGGAUCAAUUUUGUAUUUCUUGAUCGUGGAGAUGUCGAACGUAAAUGUAAUGUAUCAGAAUUCCUUGAAGCAGUUUUUGAUAAUAUUUGAUAACUCCAUCACUAAAUCCACCAAGAGUAAUAUUACGGAGGAACGAAUCAACAUAAUUCUGAAGUACCUUACUUACGAGGUUUGGGCUUUUACGAGCCGUAGCUUGUACGAGAGACAUAAGCAGCUGUUUACUCUCAUGUUGGCGGUUAAGAUUGACUACCAAAAGGGCAACAUUAGUCAUGAUGAGUUCAUGGCAUUCGUUAAGGGAGGUGCAUCGUUGGAUUUGAACGGAGUAACUGCAAAACCUUUCAAAUGGAUACUGGAUAUAACUUGGUUAAACUUGGUCGAAAUAAGUAAGUUGAAAACAUUCAGCGGAAUUUUGAAGAAGAUUGAGUACAAUGAACGAGAGUGGAGAUUGUGGUACGAGACCGAAAGGCCCGAAAUGGAAGUGAUCCCUUGCGAUUAUGAAAAUGAAUUGGAUGUGUUUAGGAAGCUGUUGCUUAUAAGAUCUUGGAGUCCGGAUAGAACAGUGUCACAAGCUAGACGCUACAUUGAAGUUUCCCUUGGCAAGGAAUACGGAGAGAUGCAUAUAUUGGAUUUGGACAUAACUUGGUCGGAAUCGGAGCCUCGGACACCCCUGGUUUGUAUAUUGUCCAUCGGUUCCGAUCCGACCGUCCAAAUAGCGGCACUUGCCAAAUCGAAGGGAAUCCCUCUGAAAACAGUUUCCAUGGGUCAAGGUCAAGAAUACCACGCUCGUAAAAUGAUGACAGAUUGCAUGGCCUCAGGAGGAUGGCUAUUGCUACAAAACGUCCAUCUGUCCCUAACAUUCUGUAAUGAAAUAAUUGAUAUUUUAAUUGAAACCGAACAUGUAGCGGAAUCAUUCCGCCUUUGGAUAACCACCGAAACGCACCAGCACUUCCCAAUUGGCUUGCUUCAAAUGGCAAUCAAGUUUACCAACGAACCACCGCAAGGCAUUCGUGCCAGUUUGAAGCGUAGCUAUCUUACAUUCACACAAGAUUAUCUAGAUUACACCUCCGCACCUCAAUGGCCACCGCUUUUGUAUACUGUUGCAUUUUUGCACUGCGUCGUCCAGGAGCGACGUAAAUUUGGUCCCUUAGGAUGGAACAUACCGUACGAGUUCAACGCGGCGGAUUUCUCCGCAAGCGUACAAUUCAUCCAAAACCACCUAGAUGAAAUGGAUCCCAAAAAGGGCGUAUCGUGGCAAACGCUUUGCUACAUGCUUGGAGAAGUCAUGUACGGAGGAAGGGUUACGGACGACUUCGACAAACGCCUGCUUACAACCUUCACUCAAGUAUGGUUUUCAGAACACCUUCUAACACCUAGUUUUGAGUUCUACAAGGGAUAUCGAGUACCAAACUCGCGGAACAUACAAACCUAUAUCGAUUACAUCAACCAAUUGCCAUCAACAGACACCCCAGAGGUGUUUGGCUUGCAUCCGAACGCGGACAUUACCUACCAGAUCAAUACAGCUAAGGGCAUUCUGGAUACCAUUCUGAGCGUACAGCCGAAAGAGGGCGGUGGAGGAGCUGGCGAGACCCGAGAAUCGAUAGUUUGGCAACUGGCUAACGAUAUGUUGCGCAAACUGCCUCCGCAGUACGUUUCGUUCGAGGUGAAGGAGUCGUUGACCAGGAUGGGAGCACUGCUGCCGAUGAAUAUUUUCUUAAGGCAGGAAAUUGACCGAGUGCAGCGAGUAAUCAAUACCGUUUAUACCAACCUGUGCGACCUGAAGCUGGCCAUCGACGGGACGAUUGUUAUGAGCCAUUACCUGAGGCAAUCCCUGGACGCCAUGUACGAUGCAAGGAUUCCGGAAAAGUGGCAAAAGAUAUCAUGGGAAUCUACCACGCUUGGAUUCUGGUACACUGAACUACUGGAACGGAACCAACAAUUCCGCGCUUGGAUAAGCAGCGAUCGCCCUAAGGUUUUCUGGAUGACGGGAUUCUUCAACCCACAAGGGUUUUUAACAGCUAUGAGACAGGAAGUCACACGUGCUCACAAAGGAUGGGCUUUGGAUUCGGUGGUUCUGCAGAAUCAGAUAACCCGUUACAACAAAGAGGACAUUCACGACGGCCCGCAGGAAGGUGUUUACGUACAUGGACUAUUUUUGGAAGGAGCGUCCCUCGAGCGCCGAACCGGUAAGCUAAUUGAAUCCAAAGCAAAGGUCCUGUACGAACAGAUGCCCGUUAUAUACAUCUACGCCAUCAACACAACCGCCGGCAAGGAUCCCCGGCUAUAUGAGUGUCCAAUCUAUCGUAAGCCGCAACGUACCGACCAAAAGUAUGUCGGAUCGAUUGAUUUCGAAACCGAUUUCAAUCCACGCCACUGGACUCUACGCGGUGUGGCCUUGUUGUGUGAUAUCAAAUAAACGAGACCACAGGAAUGGUCCGUUUUUUAUCGAUUGUCAAUUUCAAAUGUUGCACUCGUUUGUUGUUUCUGGUUCAAACCGCACUUUAGUAUGAAUUUUAAGCAGAUGAAAACAAUUAUAUGACUUCAACUACUGCAGAGUAUGAAAAGAGAGCACCUUCCUUCACAGACAAAAUAUGAGAGAACAAGUAAUCUUCAUUAAAAAAUUGUGUAGAAAAUAAAACUAAGUGGAAGGUCAGCCUCUGCGAGACAUCUUCAA